AGGAAGCCCCUCCCCGGGGCGUGGCUAAGGGCUUCUUCCCAGUUCCACUCUGCAGUCUCCAGUUUAGAUGAAACACUCGCAAAACAGACCGGGACUUAUCAGCAGAUCUCAUAGGAUUGUUCGGUGAGGAAAGGUUCUGCGGGUCUGCACUGGUCGCCUCCCCCAGAGCUGCGCGCCUGAGCGUGGGAGCCAGCGGUCGGCCUGCAGUCGCAGCCGCGGGCCCUGCAGUGGGUGGCGGCGGCCCCGGAAGGAGCAGCGCCGGGAGGAAAAUUCUUCAAAGGAUGGUCUCCCACUCAGAGUUGAGGAAACUCUUCUAUUCAGCGGACGCAGUAUGCUUUGAUGUUGACAGCACAGUCAUCAGAGAAGAAGGAAUUGACGAGCUGGCCAAAGUCUGUGGAGUUGAAGAUACUGUGUCAGAAAUGACACGCCGAGCCAUGGGCGGGGCAGUGCCAUUCAAGGCUGCCCUCACAGAGCGCUUAGCUCUGAUCCGGCCUUCCAGAGAACAGGUGCAGAGGCUCAUAGCAGAACACCCGCCACACCUGACGCCUGGCAUAAGGGAGCUAGUAAGUCGCCUACAAGAGCGAAAUGUUCAAGUUUUCCUAAUAUCUGGUGGCUUUAGAAGCAUUGUAGAGCAUGUCGCUUCAAAGCUCAAUAUCCCAUCAACCAAUGUAUUUGCUAAUAGGCUGAAAUUCUACUUUAAUGGUGAAUAUGCGGGUUUUGAUGAGAUGCAGCCAACAGCUGAAUCUGGUGGGAAAGGAAAAGUUAUUAAACUUUUAAAGGAAAAAUUUCAUUUUAAGAAAAUAGUCAUGAUUGGAGAUGGAGCCACAGACAUGGAAGCCUGUCCUCCUGCUGAUGCUUUCAUCGGAUUUGGAGGAAAUGUGAUCAGGCAACAAGUAAAGGACAAUGCGGAAUGGUACAUUACUGAUUUUGUAGAGCUUUUGGGAGAGCUGGAAGAAUAAUCAAUUUUUAUAUAGUUCAUAACAACUUCAGGUUAAUUUUUAAAAGUUAUACAGUUUGAUACUGUUUGCUUCCAAUUGUGUAUUACAACUGAAUGGAUAAAUUUGGUACUGAUUAUCUGUACUUAUAAAUAAACUACAGUUAGGCCUUCUAGAAAAUUACUUUUCUAUACUGUAGUUUCAGUAUUAUUAUGACAAUUAAUUACCUGGAGAGUUUUAUAAUUUGAAUUCUUUAUGUAUUUUCCUAGCUUUAUUUUAUUUGAAGCUUUUUAAAGGUGAAUAAUAAACACCUCACUAAUGGAAAUAUGGAUUAGGCAAUUUUAAAUGAAUAUGUUUUCCCUUUGGUAUAUAAAUAAAAGUUUAUCCAUGUAU